UAGUACUGUGACUGCUCCUGUCCCACUCCCUUUAGGAUACCCUUAUUUUUUCAGUUUUAUAUACCAUCCACAUUAUUGCUCAGCAUAAGGGAGAAGCACAAAUGAACAAGCCUCAGUCUCUCAUUCAGCCAAGGGCUUAUUCAAAAACCAAAAUGGGUAGAGUACCAAAAAUAAAUGCACAAGAAAAGCUUUAAAAAAACAUUAGAAUUCUUGCUAUUUAAUGCCUCCCUUGGUCUCCACUUAGCACCAAUCUCCUCUCCCUCUGUGUGUGUGUGUGCGUGGCUCUGGAAACAUGCAGACACUAGCAUGGAAGGCCAUAGUAAUGGCUGCAACUCUCCUCCAGCUAUGCUCCUCCAAGGAGUUAGAAUCCAAUCUCUCCCUCCAAGAUAAGAUCAGCAAGCUCCCUGGCCAACCCCAGGUCGACUUCCAGCAGUUCUCAGGCUAUGUCACAAUAGAUGACAGGAAGCAGAGGGCUCUGUUCUACUACUUUGCUGAAGCUGAGCUAGAUCCACCUACAAAGCCUCUGGUCCUCUGGUUGAAUGGAGGCCCUGGUUGCUCUUCUGUUGGGGUUGGGGCAUUCUCUGAGAAUGGGCCUUUUAGGCCAAGUGAACAGGUGCUUGUGAGGAAUGAGUAUAGCUGGAACGAAGAGGCCAAUAUGUUGUAUUUGGAGACACCAGCUGGAGUUGGCUUCUCUUAUGCCAAUGACACCUCCUGCUAUGAAGGUGUGAAUGAUAAGAUGACAGCUAGGGAUAAUCUAGUGUUCUUGCUGCGCUGGUUCACUAAGUUCCCACAGUACAAGGACAGGGACCUCUACAUCACAGGAGAAAGCUAUGCUGGUCAUUAUGUUCCUCAGCUUGCAGAUCUCAUGGUUAAAUUCAACAAGAAGAAAAAGAUCUUCAAUCUCAAAGGAAUUGCUCUGGGCAAUCCAGUUCUUGAGUUCUCCACUGACUUCAAUUCAAGAGCAGAAUUCUUCUGGUCCCAUGGAUUGAUAUCAGACUCAACAUACAAAAUCUUCACAUUGGCUUGUAACUACUCUCGAUAUGUAAGUGAGUACUACAGAGGCUCAUUGAGCUCAGUUUGUGCCCGAGUGAUGGGCCAAGUGACCAAAGAAACGAGUAGAUUUGUUGACAAAUAUGAUGUCACACUGGACGUCUGCAUAUCAUCAGUUCUAUCACAAUCCAAGGUUCUAAGUCCUCAACAAGUGACUGAGAAUAUUGAUGUUUGUGUCGAGGAUGAAACAGUGAACUAUCUCAACCGGAAAGAUGUUCAAGAUGCUCUUCAUGCACGCCUCACUGGGGUGCCAAAAUGGACAGUUUGCAGCAGUGUUCUUGAGUACGAACUGCUUAACUUGGAAGUACCCACAAUUUCAGUUGUGGGCUCACUUGUCAGGUCUGGAAUCCCGAUAUUGGUUUACAGUGGAGAUCAGGAUUCUGUCAUUCCUUUGACUGGGAGUAGAACACUUGUGCAAAGAUUGGCAAAGGAACUAAAACUGAACACAACAGUUCCUUACAGAGUUUGGUUUGUGGGAAAACAGGUUGGUGGGUGGACUCAGGUCUACGGGGACAUCCUAACCUUUGCAACCAUCAGAGGAGCUUCUCAUGAAGCUCCAUUCUCGCAGCCUGAGAGGUCUCUUGUACUGUUCAGAGCUUUUCUGCAAGGCAGACCACUACCAGAGACAUUCUGACCUACUCCCUCAGCAGGUUUUCUUUCAGUAGUCUAAAUGAGUGUUUGUGUGUAUGCGAGAUUAGCAUUCGUUCCUUGUUUGUCAAAUGUGUUGAACCUGGGAGGUGGGGAGAUUGUAUAAAGAACACACACAAUGUGUGAUUUUGUUUAGCUAGCAACUUCCAAUGCAGAGCCGUUUUGUCUUGACGA